CAAUGGCCGCUUCAUUUUUCUUGAACGAAACAUUUCCCUCUCGCUUCAAUCCUUCAGCAUCUUCAAAGUCACAAGAGGAAGAAAUGGCCGGCAGAGGAUCGUCGAAGUCGAGGAAGAGAGUGGAGGCUACUCCAGCUGACGUCGCCGCCACUGGCCCUUCGCUUGUGAGAGCCAAGGACGGCAGUGCUUUUGCUCGAUGUGAUGAGUGCGGCAAAAGUGUUCCGGUAGCCUUAAUCAGCAUGCACAGUUGCAGCCUUGAUGCCAAAAUUAGGAUGAAUUUAGAGGCUCAGACCGUUGAAAAGCAAACACAAGCCAAAAAGCCAGCUGAAAGGAAAAGAUCAGCACCAUCUGAGGUUAAGAAAUCCAAAACGGCAAAGAAAGGGAAGAAAGACAAAGAUCCAAAUGCCCCCAAACGCCCUCCUACAGCUUUCUUUAUCUUCAUGGAUGACUUCAGAAAAUCAUAUAAAGAAGCAAAUCCCGAUUCCAAAGGCGUUAAGGAGGUUGCAAAGGAAGGUGGUGAGAAAUGGAAGUCAAUGACUGAUGAAGAAAAGAAGCCUUACCAAGACAAAGCUGCUGAGCUGAAAGCAGAAUACGAAAAGGCCUUAGAAAGUCGAAAUGUUGAAAAUGAAGAGGAUGAAAAAGAAACAGAAGAGGUUGCAGCAGAGGAGGUUGAAGAAGCAACAGACGAAGAGUAAGAGUAAGACAUUCCAUGUUAAGCAUUUUGUAAUAGCAAAUAGCUAGAAAACAGCUUCUUCACCGCUUGGUUACUGUUGUAAAUUCAGAAUAUAAUUUAGUCAAACUGCUUUUGGAUUC